GCAACAUUUUCGAAAAAAGAAACUCCCACUCUCAGACACCAUCACUUUUUUCCUUCAAAUUGAGAAAACCCAAAAAAAAACAGACACAAAGUGCAAAUCUCAACCCAAAUCAAUGGGCUGUGCAUCUUCCAAACUCUUCAGGAAAGAUCUCAGACAAGAGCUUGUGUUUGGCAAUGGUGAUUCCACCAACCAUGUUGUCUCUCUCACUUCAAGCACUUAUGGUGUUCUCAAACUUGACAAAGAUCAACAACAACAACAACAACAACCCGUUUUGAUUGAGUCGAAGAAGAGAUCGCCGACUCGCGAAGAACCCGAAGUCAUAAACGCUUGGGAGCUCAUGGAGGAUCUCGAAGAAGAAGCACCCAUUUCGAUUCAAUCCAAGAAAAGCCCGAAUUCGAGGGGUUUUCUUCGUGGGUUUGCGGAUUUGGAUACUAGAAGUCCCUUGAAGUUCUUGAAUCAGAUGGCUUCGCCGAAGAAAUUGAAGAGAUUUGGAGGGAAAGAGAAUAAGGGGAUUGUUAAUCGGUUCAAUGGCGUGGUGGGUCGAUGGGAUUAUAGCCCGAAAAGGACUUUGACAGAGAAUUCGAAAAAAGCAUCGCCAAAUUUGAGAAUUCCAGUCAAAGGGUCUGCAACUGAUGUGAAAUCUGAUGAUUUGAGGAUUGAAUCAGGGGUUUUGUCACGAAGAAGGAGUUUAGGUCCCAUGUUUGAUCCAGAACUCGUAGCGUCUUUCGAGAAAGUACUCUCCGAAGAAGAAGAACAGAUCAAGAACAUGGUCUCUGUAACACCCAGUUCAAGAAAGGCAAGAGUUUUUAGAGAUUGUGAGCCUAUUCUCAAUUUAUCAGAGAAAAAAUGCGUGCCGGGUAGUGAAAAUACCGUGGUUGUAUACACGACGACGCUUCGAGGAAUUAGGAAGACAUUCGAGGAUUGCAACAAAGUCAGAUCAAUCAUCGAAUCGCACCUUGUUCAGAUGUUCGAGCGCGACGUGUCGAUGGACUCGGGGUUCAAGGAGGAACUGAGGGGACUAAUGGGGACAAAGGAAGUGAAAGUCCCACUUGUGUUUGUGAAAGGGAGGUUAAUAGGAGGAGCUGAUGAAAUUGUGAGGUUGGAGGAGGAGGGCAAAUUGGGAAUUUUGUUCGACGGGAUUCCGAGGGCGUCAGCUGUGUGCGACGGGUGUGCCGGGAUCCGGUUUGUGAUGUGUUUGGAUUGCAGUGGGAGUUGUAAGGUGUUGGGUGAGGAUGGUAAGAAGACAGUGAAGUGUGGAGAGUGCAAUGAGAAUGGAUUGAUCCAAUGCCCUAUUUGCUGUUGAUUAUAACUUAACAGCAAUGCUACGAAUCACGAAAAAAAAAAAAAAAAAUUACGAAAUUGUGCCCUACUGCCUGCUAUAAUUUUGUGACAGAUUUGGUAAAACAAUUUUCGUGACUCGUAGACUUAUUGCUAAGUUAAACUUGUUGGGUUGACUUCAGGCUGACUUGGGUUGUUGGGUUUUAUAGUUUUUAAAAGUGGGGUUUCUAAAGUGUGUUUUGGUCCCCCUUUGUGUGUCUGCUGUUGUUUUGAGUGGAUAUGCCUUUGUAUCUUUUGGAUAUUGGUUUGUUCAAUUGAUUCUAUUUAUCUUCAUAGUCGA